AUGGCGGAUAGGUUUUGGCGCGAGCUUCAAAUUCCGCUUCCUACAUUUGAUUGUGCCGCCUCCGCCUCCGCUUCUGAUUUCUUCUCCGCUUCUGCAACUACUUCUUCCAUCAGUUGUUCGAGUACGGACGCGAUUUUCUCUCCCUCUGUUUUCGAGACGUGUAGUGUUUGUCGAAUCGAUGGCUGUUUAGGCUGCGAUUUCUUCCCGCCGUCAUCGUCACCAGUCGAAGGCGAGACGAAAAGCGGCAAGAAGCGUUUGAAGAAAAUUUACAGAGGCGUUCGACAGCGGCCGUGGGGGAAAUGGGUUGCCGAAAUCCGAAAUCCGAAACUCGCAACCAGAGUCUGGUUAGGAACCUUCAAUACUGCCGAAGAGGCCGCUAGGGCUUACGAUAAAGCCGCGUUGGAAUUCCGAGGGCCUCGAGCAAAGCUUAAUUUUCCAUUUACUGAUGAUUCACUGAGAACAAUGAGGCCGGAAAAUGAAAUUUCGAAGAACGGUAGAAAUUCGGCGGCCAAUGGAAUCGAAAAUGAAGAUGAAAUAUGGAGGAAGAUUGAGAAGGAUGAAAUGGAUCAAUGGAUCUCGUCGCUGAUCACGGAUCACGGCGGCGAUUCGUCAGACUCCACCAGUAUUGGGGCUUGAGAAUUUUCGAAUAUCCUACUGUUCGAAUUUUUAAAAUUUCCGUAAGA